AUGCCUCGCGCGGGUACGAGUACAACUCCCGGCGCGCGCCUCCGGUGCAGACGAGCGUGCGACAGCUGUAAACGGAGGAAACAGAAGUGCAACGGGGAGCAACCAUGUACGAUCUGCAUGCAGCGGCGCAAGGAAUCAGAAUGCCACUUCUCAGAUAAACCAGCGCGAAUGCUUAGACCCAACGGCACGAAAGAGGCCAUGCUACUUAGUGAACAUAUGGUUUCUACGCCACAGCGGCAAACGGCAAUGGACCACCUGCUGAAUUCGCUCGAGGAUCGCAGCGCGAAUAUAGAACAACAUCAACCGCGGGAUGACAAGGAUGGGACAGCCCCGGUGCCGAAGGUGGCGCGACUUUUGCGUGAUGGACAGGGGAAAUUUAUGUACAUCGGGGACUCGGCUAGUUUGUCUUUCUUGCAGAGUGUUCGACGGAUCGUGUCAGCAUCGAUCGGUCGGUGUGAGUUUACGGAGGAUAAUUCGCGACACUCGAUGCUGGAGGCCUUCCAAAGUAAUCCCAGUAUGCAGGCGGGGCCACUGAUGGAACCACCGAAGAAUGAAGAGGCUCAGCGACUGGCUGGUCAGUUUGUCCUGGCGACCAGUCCGUUGUUAGAUUUGUUCGAUCUUCAUGAGUUCCAUCCGCGUUUGGCAAAUUGGAUUGAGAAUCCAAGGGGUGACGAGGAUACUGUCAGUUCGAUCUUUUAUCUGGUUCUUGCAAUUGGGUCACAAGUGUCCACUACCAACCAGACCCUUGCAGAGCAGUAUUUUGUUAGUGGGCGGCAAUUGGCGUUUUCCGCUUUUACUGAAACCCCAAGUCUUUACACCAUUCAGUCAUAUGUGUUGAUUUCAAUGUAUAUGCUUGGUGCAUGUCGGCGCAAUGGCGCGUUCAUGAACCUCGGAACCGCACUACGAGCUGCAUAUGCAGUCGGGAUCCACCGAAAAGAUGCGAAUGCAUUGUUCUGCGAUAGAGAACGUCGGGCUCGCGAGCGUGUGUGGAAGAGCUUGCGAAUGAUGGAUCUAUUCCUUAGUGCCUCAUUAGGGCGUCCUCUGGCGACGUCGGACAUUGACCAUGACCCCCGAGAAGAUGCUAUGCCGUCAGCGGAACAGCAGCAACAACAAACUCCACAAGAGCAGCUUUCUGUGGCUGUCGUCACUUUGUCGCGUAUUUUCGAACGGAUCCUCACCGAUGUGUACAUGAAACAAGUUGUUUCGAUCCAUGUAGCUGAAACGAUUUCCAAUCAACACCGUGCAUGGGUUCGAAGUUUGCCUGUCUUCCUUCGAAUGCAGACAGAGCGACUGGAUUCCAAGACACUCGAUGGCACUUUGGCAGCAGCCCAUGUCUUUGGUUCUUAUUAUUGGUCGAUAAUUCUCUUAACUCGGCCGUUUCUCAUCUACCGCGUGUCACAAUAUGUGAAAAGUAAAGCUGGCCCAACCGAGUCUCGUUCCAGCAACUCUCGCAUCGCACUUUUUGCUGACGCAUGCGUUUACUCGGCGUUGCGAGGGCUCGAUAUCGUCGACGACCUCGCCAAGUUUACAUCCCUGCCACGCCGGCUACCAUUCCUGAUCAACUCUGUCUUCAAUUCGGCCAUCGUCCUUGGUGCAGCUUUCUUUGCAGACUACGACAACCUCCUCCCGCUCGAAGAGGGUAUGGACAAGGCCCAGAAGUUCCUGGAGCUUUUCACUCCUCAUGACCCCCAUGCCUGUCGUUUCUCCCAGAUCAUCAUUUACCUCCGAGGAGCGGUAGCCGAGUACGUCCGGCGACGGAAUCGUCAAUGGAUGGAACGUCGCAGUAAACAGGUCGAUCAGCUAUUCGGCCAAGUUGGGCCUGAACCCGCCGCCCCAUCUCCUCUAACUCCGGAUAAUAAUAUUUCUCGAAGUUCCUCUUUCCUGUCCCAACAACACCCGCCCGACAUGCCUACUACUACCGCCACUCCCACUGCUACGCCCCAUAACCAUCCCACUAGCAAUGACGUUUGGGACACUCUCUGCGGUGGUGAGGGUCCUUCGGGUGGUCUCCCCUAUGAUCCCGCCACGAUCUCAGCGCUCACCACAACUGGUAUUCCCGUGGGCUGUUCGCCCGGCGGCACUAUUCCACCAUUGCAACCCCCGCCACCAUUGUCAUCCUCAUCCGGGCAGCUUGCGACUGACGUGACUGCUCCAACAAGAGUGGAACAAGACGGCCAUACGCCUAUCUCUGAUGUUAUCUUCCCGGAUAAUGGUCUGCUGUAUAUGGCGGAGGAUCUUCCUGUCUUUGGGAUUUGGGAGGAUGCUUGA